GUUUUUGGUUGUAUAAACCUCAACCCCAUUUCCCAUAUUUGGAUCUUUUCAUUUUACUACUCAGUAAUUUGUUAUUAAGAUAAAUUAGGAGUUUAGGGUUGGGAAAAUUUAGGCUCUAAGUCUACUGGGAGAAAAUAUUUACCCCACGGAGCUCACAUUUUGAGUUUGUUACCCGGUUUAGCCAGGGACGGAUUUAAGUGGAGGUGAGGGUGUUAACCCGAACACCCUCGGCAAAAAAUUACAGUGUAUAUAUAGGGUAGAUUUUCUGUGUUUAUGUACAUAUAUUAACUUUUGAACACUCUGAACAUAUGCAAAAAGUUAGCUCAAGCGGUCCAGGGUGUUCAAAAUUGUCUCUAGCAUUUUAGGUUCGAUCCCAUCAACAACACUAUUUUUUUUAUUUAGCAUUUGUUGUUUUUUUCGAACCCCCUAAGUGAAAAUCUUGGAUCCACCACUGGGUUUAGCUCAUAUUUGUGUAUAAUAAGGUUGAUACAUUAUGUAUAAUGCUUUCCCCCAGGUAUAGUGUUGUAUAAUGUCGUAUAAUAUUGAAAAUUUGAGACGCAAUUUCAAGAAUUCGAUUCGCCCCCAAUUCGAACAAUCUACUUAUUUCUUCUUGGGCUUCUAGUCUACGAUUAUAUGAUGUUGAUAGCUCUAAGCUUCGAAUGGAAGCUCCCGGGGAAGCUGCACUCCUUGAUUGCUGUUUCGAGAACGAAAGAGUGUGCUUUAGUGCUGCUUCUGAUGGUUCAGUUAACAGGUUUCUGGUCCUGGUUUCUAUUUGGGUAUGAUUUGGAUUCAGGUAUUAAAGUGUCUGUGGGAAAUCAUGAUGAUUUAGCAACCUGUGUUGAGUAUUCUACCGAAACAUGUCAAAUAAUUACUGCUGGUUGGGAUAAAAAGAUAAAUUUCUGGGAUGCUCGUUCAGCACAACCUCAUGGAUGCUUGAACAGCUUAGUAUCAGAGGUGGAGUCAAUGUCACUAUCUGGAUUAAAUUUGAUGGUUGCUGCUGGGUCCUCAGUUAAUAUAUAUGACCUACGAAGUUUUAAGACAUCAGUUCACACGAAAGGCGUCAAAGUAAAAUGUAUACGACCAAUUUUUAAUCCUAAAGGAUUUGUUGUUGGAUCAAUUGAUGGGCGAGUUCUUCUGGAGUACAUCUGCAGAUCCAGCUCAAACGAGGGGUAUGCAUUUAGAUGUCAUCCAAAGGUUAAAGACGGGAGGCGUCAUCUUGUAACAGUUAACGACAUUGCGUUUAACCCAUCCGUUAUUGGUUCAUUUGUUACUGGUGACAAUGAUGGAAAUGCCACCUUGUGGGAUGCUCGGGGAAGGAAACGGAUAUUUGAGAUGUCAAGAUAUCCCAACAGUGUCGUCUCUCUAUCAUAUAGCCAUGAUGGAUUACUUUUAGCAGUCGCAUCCAGUUAUUCAUACCAAGAAGCUAAUGAAAUAGAAGAGCCAUCGCAGAUAUUUAUACAUGAAAUGGGGAACUGUGAUCUCACAUCACCUUCUUCUUCUGGAGCCUCAAACAAAAAAUGACUGCUAAUACACAACUCAGGUUUUGGUUGUUGCUCGUCUUUCCUUUUUUCAAGCUGACUCUUAACCAGCAAAUUUCGCUGGUACCUGUGCACAAGGAGGCUUUCUGCUCUCACCUUCACUGAUGGCUAGGUGACCCUUACGGAGAUAAGGCAAGGACUCAACAGAAAAUUGGACGCGAGAAUGUAGAAUCUUCACACUUCUGUAAUGUCAUCUGCAGCUGAUGUAUCGUUGUCUAGUAUAUUGUUUGCUUAGUGGAAUGUAUUUCUGAAUUUAAUUGUUGAUCAGCCGAGAAAGUAAGUGCUCAUGCCAAAAUCUUCUGUCAAAUUGAUUGACUUGAGAUGGAUCUUUAUAGGUUUUAGCUCAUACAAAUUUUGAUCUUAUAAAUUAGCUAGGUAGAGUAACCCAUAUUUUCCUUUCUUCAAGAAUCAUAUGUUGGGUUCCUUCUU